AUGCACAGUUUUUUAGUUGAAAAAACGUGUACAUUUGUCUUAACAUGUUGUGCCUGUGACCACCUGACCAGUUACCCGGACGAUCCAUACGACCGGAAUUGGCUGCCGUUUAGCUAUCCAGAGGAGUGGUCCGACAUCUCAACAGCGGAGAAGGUAAAGGACAACAUCGGCAAUCUCAGCCUCCACGCGCCGUCAGUCGUGAUGCAAACUGCCAUCACAUCGCGCAAAGACUCCGAUUCAAAGACCAUCCAGUGCAUUGCUAUCUUGUAUGCCGCGGAGCUGGAGAUCCUGGCCAGUGAUGAUGUUCGCGAGUAUGAUCUCAUUAUCAACGACAAGAGGACCAAGGUCCCGUACAGGCCCAAAUACCUCAUCGCUGCCGCCCUAUACAACAACGAACCCCACCACGGUUUCAGCCAGUACAGCUUCACUGUCAUCGCCACAGCGAACUCCACACUACCGCCGAUGAUCAAUGCCUUCGAGUUUUUUUCUGUCAUCUCGACUGCCAACGUUGGAACAGACAGUCAGGAUGGUAAACAUUCAGAAAUUUACAUUCAGACGUGGGAUCAUUGUCUAUUGAUUAGUAGCCUUUUCACGAUAGAGAUAUAA